UAUUGGAUGCCAACUGCAGUUAAACCUCAUCGAAGAAGAAGCCAUUUCGGUAGUAGCUCGGUUGGUGGCAGCCAACAUUGACGAAACAUUGAAGCAAUUUAGACGUUUUCGGUGUACAUUUAUAGCCACUGUGUUUUAAACACAUUUCUGUCGUAUACCUAGUUACCCUCUUUAAUUGCACAUCUACGUUGCUAGUUGCUAGCUGGAUAACAUAGCACUAGGCUAGUCGCCCAUGCUAACAUCCCCGACCAUGAGUUCACUAAGCUACUCCCCCCCUGAUAAAGAAGAAGGGGUCUGCUUGACGGAGAAAGACGGUAUUUGGCUGAACAUUGUCGUGAAAGAGGAGAAGGAAGAUGAGGAUGUCACAGUAAAAAACGAAGAGGUUGAAGCUGUUACAGUGAAAGAGGAAGAAGGUACAGUGAAACGAGAGGAAGAAACGUUCAGAGUGAAAGAGGAGGAUGACGUUUUUGGAGUGAAGACGGAGGAAGCGAUAACUGUCACAUCAGAGGAGGCGAAGGAAGAUGAGGAGACAGAAGAUCUGAUUAACGCCAGAGAGAGGUCAGACUGUCACUCUGUCAGCGGGAAGAGUCCUUCAGGGGAACCAGACCCAGAAAUGCCUAAACCAGCAGGACGACACCACUGCUCCCAGUGUGGAAAGAGUUUUACUCUGUUAUGGAACCUGAAAAUACAUAAGAGAAUACACACCGGAGAGAAGCCAUACCACUGCUCCCAAUGUGGAAUGACUUUUACCUGGUUAGGGAGCCUGAAAACGCAUGAGAGGGCACACACAGGAGAAAAACCUUUCCAAUGUUCCCACUGUGGAAAGAGUUUUACCCAGUUAGGGGACCUGAAUAGGCACGAGAGGACGCAUAGAGAAGAGAAGCCCCACCAAUGCUCCCAGUGUGGAAAAGGUUUUAGGUUGUUAGUGAGCCUGAAAACGCAUGAGAGAAUACACACAGGAGAGAAGCCUUACCACUGUUCCCACUGUGGAAAGAGUUUUAGGGGGGCAGUGAGCCUGAAACAGCAUGAGAGAAUACACACAGGAGAGAGACCUUACCACUGUUCCCACUGUGAAAAGAGUUUUAGGUGGUUAGGGACCUUGAAAUUGCAUGAGAGGACACACACAGGAGAAAAGCCCUACCAAUGCGCCCUGUGUGGAAAGAGUUUUACCAAGUUAUGGGGCCUGAAUAGGCACGAGAGGACACACACAGGAGGGGAUAACACCUACCACUGCUUCCUGUGUGGAAAGAGAUUUACCCAGUUAGUGGCCCUGAAAGAGCAUGAAAUUAUACAUACAAAUACACAGGAGGAGAAGACAUACCACUGUUCUCAUUGUGGAAAGACAUUUUCCCAGUCAGAGGACCUGAAAUCACAUUUCAGAGUGAAAGAGGAGGAGGAUGUUACUGUGAACGAAGAGGAGAAAGAGAAGGAACAGGAUACAGUUUUUGGAGUGAAGAAGGAGGGGGAGAUAACUGUCACAUUGAAAGAGGAGGAUGAUACUGGAGAUCUGAUUAACACUAUAGAGAGACCAGACUCUCACUCUGACAGCGGGAACAGUCCUUCAGGGGAACCAAAUGCAGAGACGUCCAAACAAGCGAGACGACACCACUGUUCCCAGUGUGGAAAGAGUUUUACUCAGUUAGGGAGCCUGAAAAUGCAUAAGAGAAUACACACAGGAGAGAAGCCUUACCACUGUAUCCACUGUGGAAAGAGUUUUAGGUGGUUAGGGAGCCUAAAGGACCAUAAGAGAAUACACACGGGAGAGAAGCCUCACCACUGCUCCUGGUGUGGAAAGCGUUUUACCCGAUUACUACACCUGAAAUCACAUGAAAGGACACACACAGGAGAAAAGCCUUUCCAGUGUUCCCAGUGUGGAAAGAGUUUUACCCAGUUAGAGAGCCUGAAGGAGCAUGAGCGAAUACACACAGGAGAAAACCCUUUCCAAUGCUCCCAGUGUGGAAAGAGUUUUACCCGGUUAGGGAGCCUGAAGGGGCAUGAGAGGACACAUACAGGAGAAAAGCCUUUCCAAUGUUCCCAGUGUGGAAAGAGUUUUAACCGGUUAGGGAGUCUGAAGGAGCAUGAGAGGACGCACACAGGAGAAAAGCCUUUCCAAUGUUCUCAGUGUGGAAAUAGAUUUACCCGGUUAGGGAACCUGAAAGAGCAUGAAGGAAUACAUACAAAAACACAGGGUAAGAAGACAUACCAUUGCUCUCAUUGUGGAAAGACAUUUUCCCGAUCAGAGGACCUGAAAACACAUGAGAGAAUAGAGAGGCUGUGUUCUGACUUAUGUUUUUAAUUGAGAAUUUGUGUUUUUGUUCAUGCCACACGAAAUCAAAUUGUAUAUGCAAAAGCUUGCAAAAAAAUAGGCCUACAUUUGUUUUUCUUUUUUAAUUUCGAGACAUACAGGGUGUUUCUCAAUAUGCAUAGUACCUGCUCCACACUCUCAUGCUCCAAGUGCAUUCUCCGAGGACGUUCUCUUGAGUACUUUCUUGUGAGGACGAGUGUGGAGAAGGCAUAAAACAUUUGAUUUGAGAAGCACUCCCCCUACUUUAUUACGUCAUGCUGCAUCUCCCCAUUCACAUAACCUUAUUCCAGCCAGGACAAUGGCAACAAUAGAGACGAAACAAGAUACACACAAAGCAAAGAUUUUACUUCAUAAAUAUCAGCUAGAUAUAUGUGAAUCGUAAUCUAGCUAGCUAGUUAAACAGACAACAAUUAUCUAAAACGAAUGUUAUGCAAGGUAGAUGUCAAUUUUUUGUGGCUUGCUACCUAGCCAGUUAGCCAUAUUGACUUACCCAUUCACUGAACCUUGCUUCUUCUAGCCAGGACAAUGGCAAGAGAUGAAACAAGAUAUACACAAAGCAAACGUUUUACUUCAUAACUAACAGCUAGCUAUAUGUGAAUCAUAAUAAUAUAGCUAACCAGAUAGUAUAACAGGCAAAAAUGACCUAAAACCAAUGUUAUCCAAGGUAGAAGAUUGGGAGAAACUCCCCAAAUAC